CGACUGAGAGUAUCGCUGCUGGCGAUUGGUCGGUCACGGGUAUGCGGGUGCCAAGUGCGUCGCAGCAGGGUGUUGACCGCCUGGCUCCCACCGCAAUCGCCAACGUGCGUCGUCAACGUGCGUCGCGCCCGCUUCAGCUGCCCGCUACGUGGUUCAACGCGCCGGCCCGCUUGCUGUCGCUGUCUAUUUCCUCCUAGACUGCGUCUUGCGGCGUGUGUUCUGUAUUGUGAGCUCUGUCUGUCUGCCAGCUGUAUUCUGGCUCCCGACAACCUGCUCGUUGCGUGACCCUACGACCUCAUCACUACUCGACAUACUUCCACCAUGGAGGCCAAACUCGCGGCCCAGGAGGCCAAACUCGCGCCCAAGGACCCCAAGCUGGGCACGCCCAAGACGGACCAGCCGCAGCUCCAGGCGGGCGGCGGCACGGCGGCCGAAGCACACAAGGCGAAGCAGGCCGACGUGCUCUCGCCGCUGGUGGUGAAGUACCUGCGCACCGUCUACGAGGAGAUCAUGCCGCGCUACGACCUCGCCACGCCCGAGGGCCGCCUGCAGUGGGUGACGCAGGAGCAGCAGGGCCCCGCCGAGGACGCGCAGCUGCUGCAGGACGGCUCCUUCACGCACUUUGCCGACUACUUCCUGUCGGAUGCCGCGAACGCCAUGGGCCCGCCGCCGCCCAUCGACGCCUCGCACCCCCUCUCCAACUACUUCAUCUCGUCCAGCCACAACACGUACCUCACCGGCAACCAGCUGUCGAGCGACUCCAGCACCGACGCCUACAAGAACGUGCUGCUGCGCGGCUGCCGCUGCGUCGAGAUCGACGUGUGGGACGGCGAGCCGCCGUCGAGCUCCAGCUCCGAGGACGAGGCCGAGCGCAUCGGCCAGGCGAAGCUGCCGCGCGACAAGGCGAAGCUGGGCUUCCGCGAGCGCCUGGCCCUGCGCCUGCGCGGCAAGUCGGUCGGCAAGGACGACGAGCCGAAGGGGGAUGUUGUGUCGGGCGCGCAGGAGAGCGUGGCCCCGUGGCGCGGCGACUCGACCUACCGCGCCGAGCCCAAGGUCUACCACGGCUACACCCUCACGAGCGAGAUGAGCUUCCGCGAGGUCUGCGCCACCAUCCGCGACUACGCCUUUGCCGCCUCGGACCUCCCGCUGAUCGUCAGCCUCGAGGUCCACGCCAAGGCCGCCCAGCAGGAGAUCAUGGUCGAGCUGAUGACCGAGUACUGGAAGGGCAUGCUGGUCGACCUGCCGCUGGACCCGGCCCACACCGCCGAGACCGCCACGCUGCCCACGCUCAAGGACCUCGAGCGCAAGAUUCUUGUGAAAGUGAAGCGCGGCCACGCCAAACCCGCCCCCGCCGUGCCCUCGACCCUGCAGGCCCCUGCCCCGCUCACAAAGACCGAGUCCGCCACGAGCCUCGCCUCGACGCCCUCGGACGAGGAGAAAGAAAUGCCCGACGGCCAGAAGCCGCCCCCGAAGCCCAAAGUCAUCGACGCCCUCGCCAGAUUGGGCGUCUACUGCGGUGGCUACACGUACAAAUCGCUGACCGCCCCGGAGGCCCGCAUCCCGACGCACGUGUUCUCGCUGUCGGAGAAGACGCUGCUCGAAGUCCACACCGCCACCCCGGAGACCCUGUUCGCGCACAACAAGCACUUCUUCAUGCGCGCCUACCCCAAGUCGCUGCGCAUCACGUCGGGCAACCUGCAGCCCGCGGUCUUCUGGCGCGCCGGCGUGCAGAUCGUGGCGCUCAACUGGCAGCGCUGGGACUCGGGCAUGAUGCUCAACGAAGCCAUGUUCGCCGGCUCCGGCGGCUGGGUGCUGAAGCCGGCCGCGUACCGCAGCGGGUCUGCCGCCGCGACGCCCGCGCAGGCCGUCGGCAGCGCCGUGCUCGAUCUCAGCAUCGAGUUCUUGGCGGGCAUGGGCGUGCCGCUGCCGCCGGAGGAGGACGAUCCGAUGGACUUCAAGCCGUAUGUCAAGGUCGAGGUGCAUGGGGUUGCCGAGGGGGCGCUGGAGUGCAAGGCCAAGACGAAGACGUAUCGGACCACGGAUCCGGAUUUUGGGCGCGAGGUGGUGGGGUUCAAGGGCGUGGCGGGCGUGGCGGGGGAGUUGACGUUUGUGCGCUUCAAAGUCAUGGACGACGAGCGCCUCUCCGACGACCUGGCCGCCUGGGCCUGUGUCCGUCUCGACCGCCUGCAGCCCGGCGUGCGGCUGCUGCACUUGUACGACGGCAACGGGGUGAUUACCAAGGGUGCGGUGCUGGUGCGGAUCCGGAAGGUGGUGAGUGGGUAGCUGUAGUUUGCGUGAAGUGGGGGAGGAAGUGGGGAAGGGGG